AUGAAGCUUUCCACCAUCCUCUUCACAGCCUGCGCUACCCUGGCUGCCGCCCUCCCUUCCCCCAUCACUCCUUCUGAGGCCGCAGUUCUCCAGAAGCGAGUGUACACCUCUACCGAGACCUCUCACAUUGACCAGGAGUCCUACAACUUCUUUGAGAAGUACGCCCGACUCGCAAACAUUGGAUAUUGUGUUGGUCCCGGCACUAAGAUCUUCAAGCCCUUCAACUGUGGCCUGCAAUGUGCCCACUUCCCCAACGUUGAGCUCAUCGAGGAGUUCCACGACCCCCGUCUCAUCUUUGAUGUUUCUGGUUACCUCGCUGUUGAUCAUGCCUCCAAGCAGAUCUACCUUGUUAUUCGAGGAACCCACUCUCUGGAGGACGUCAUAACCGACAUCCGAAUCAUGCAGGCUCCUCUGACGAACUUUGAUCUUGCUGCUAACAUCUCUUCUACUGCUACUUGUGAUGACUGUCUUGUCCACAAUGGCUUCAUCCAGUCCUACAACAACACCUACAAUCAGAUCGGCCCCAAGCUCGACUCUGUGAUUGAGCAGUAUCCCGACUACCAGAUUGCUGUCACCGGUCACUCUCUCGGAGGAGCUGCAGCCCUUCUGUUCGGAAUCAACCUCAAGGUUAACGGCCACGAUCCCCUCGUUGUUACUCUUGGUCAGCCCAUUGUCGGUAACGCUGGCUUUGCUAACUGGGUCGAUAAACUCUUCUUUGGCCAGGAGAACCCCGAUGUCUCCAAGGUGUCCAAAGACCGAAAGCUCUACCGAAUCACCCACCGAGGAGAUAUCGUCCCUCAAGUGCCCUUCUGGGACGGUUACCAGCACUGCUCUGGUGAGGUCUUUAUUGACUGGCCCCUGAUCCACCCUCCUCUCUCCAACGUUGUCAUGUGCCAGGGCCAGAGCAAUAAACAGUGCUCUGCCGGUAACACUCUGCUCCAGCAGGUCAAUGUGAUUGGAAACCAUCUGCAGUACUUCGUCACCGAGGGUGUCUGUGGUAUCUAA